UAUGAAACUCUUGACCUCUUCAAGAGCCAAGGAAGCAAAAUCUGGGCCCCACUCACUUUCCCCCGAAACUGGGACCCACGAGAAAAACUCAGCCAACCACUAGAUAAUGCAAUACCCUUUUACCACCACUAAUUUAUAGCCACGUGUCAGCCUCUAGAUUCUCUCAUCCCCACCUUGUAUUUCUUUCCUCCCUCCUUUCACUCCCACUUCCUCCCCUACUCACUCAUUACCCAUUUUCAGACUCACAAUGUUGAAGGAGGAGAUUAGCGACGGUGGCAGCGGCGGCCGAGGAGGAGGAGGAGAAAACAACUGGGCCCGCAUGUGCGACACGUGUCGUUCAGCUGCUUGCACGGUUUACUGCAGGGCUGACUCAGCGUACCUUUGCGCAAACUGCGACGCUCGAGUUCACGCCGCCAACCGUGUGGCUUCCCGCCAUGAGCGCGUCUGGGUGUGCGAGUCCUGCGAGCGAGCGCCCGCAGCGUUUUUAUGCAAAGCGGACGCAGCAUCUCUCUGUGCGAGCUGCGACGCCGACAUCCACUCCGCCAACCCACUUGCUCGGCGCCACCAGCGGGUUCCAAUUCUUCCCAUCUCCGGCUGCCUCUACGGAGGUCCAGCCAGUGAGCCAGGCGAUGAGAUGGGUACGACGGAUGAUGGAUUUGUAACCGAGGAGGGAAUUGGGGAAGAAGAAGAAGAGGAGGCAGCUUCUUGGCUACUGCUGAAUCCAGGGAAGAACAGUAAUAAUAACCAGAGUAAUGGGUUGUUGUUUGGUGGGGAUCAGGUGGAUGAGUAUUUGGAUUUGGUGGAGUAUAAUUGCGGAGGUGAUCAGAAUCAGUUCCAUCCACAACAGCAGUUUGGUGUUGCAGUAAUGGAGAAGAGUAGUAGCUAUGGAGGUGACAGUGUAGUGCCUGUUCAAUGUGCAGAAGGUCAUCACCAGUUUCACCACCAUAAUUUUCAGUUAGGGUUGGACUAUGAACCCUCAAAAGCUCACUACACGUACAGUGGUUCAAUUAAUCACAGUGUAUCAAUGUCGUCAAUGGAAGUCGGAGUAGUGCCGGAAUCAGGAAUAAGCGAGAUAUCGGUUUCACACACGAGGCCUCCAAAAGGGACAAUAGACCUAUUCUGUGGGAACCCAAAUCAGAUCCCAGUAGCAACUCAACUGAGUCCAUUGGACAGGGAAGCAAGAGUGUUGAGAUACAGAGAGAAGAAGAAGACAAGGAAGUUUGAGAAGACAAUAAGGUAUGCUUCAAGAAAAGCUUAUGCAGAGACAAGGCCAAGAAUCAAAGGUAGGUUUGCUAAAAGAACAGAUCAUGUUGAUCUUGAAGUUGACCAAAUCUUCUCUACACCCUUGACUGCUGCUGAUACUGGAUAUGGUAUUGUUCCUUCCUUCUAACUCCUCUUCAACAUAUAUACACCAAACCAUUACUAUGCAUGCUAGAGAUGAUGAUUGUGAUGGUAAUGAUAUGUAUUCUCAUAUUGUAUGCAUGUUGGGUAAUUUUGUUUCUAGUUUCUGUGUUAAUUAUCAUGAUACUCAAAUGAUUAUAUAUCUUGUAAAUGCAUGUAUUAUAUAAGUUUCCUUUUUGGAAUA